GACAUGUCGCCCUCGGGUCCUGGGUCAGCGGUUCUCCUCCUCGCCGCCCUGGCGGCGCUGCUCGGUGUUUGCUCCGCAGGUUCGGACGCGCCGCGCGGCGUCGCGCUCGGCUUCGUUUUCGACCCGAAAGCGACGUGCGACCCUCCGUGCGAACACGCAGGAAUCUGCAUCCGCAACAACACGUGCUUCUGCUCCAGGGGCUACGAAGGGGAGACCUGCAAGUACGCCAACUGCUUCCCCAAAUGUAAAAAUGGAGGAGUGUGUCUCCGCCCUGGGAAGUGCAGAUGUGCUCCUGGAUAUGGAGGAAGAUACUGUCACAAAGUGACGUGUGAGGGGGGCUGUUGGAACGGAGGCGAAUGCUCUGCCGUCAACGGGGUGGCCAAGUGCAUCUGCCCCUCGAGCUGGACAGGGUCAAAAUGUCAAGAGGCAAUCUGCCCCCAGGGCUGCAGGAACGGGGGCAUCUGCGUGGCCCCGGGGAUCUGCAGCUGUCCGGAGGGCUGGCUGGGCGGCGCCUGCCACACCGCGGUUUGCACACAGUCCUGCCUGAACGGAGGAAAGUGCAUUUCACCCGACAAAUGCCGCUGCCGCCCCCCGUUCUCUGGACCUCGCUGCGAGGAGAGGAAGAAGUCCCACUAGAGUGUGAGGAAGCCGGGGUCGAACGUCCGUCACAGCCGGGGCUUCAUGAGCCUAACAGUUUUUACCUGUUUUUCA